UUCACUUUGGGAAGCCAAGUUAAAAGGAACUUGUUAACUUCUCUCCGUUCCCCCAAGGCGCAAACCCACACCAGCAGCACCACCAUCCACCAAAACCAAUAAUAAUAGUACCAUCAUCACUUCAUUUUUUGCCAUGCCUCUCAACUGCAUAGCACCGAAACCAGAACAUGGCAGCAGUGGCCCAGUGGAAGCUUUGUCAGAGACGUCGUCUGAGUCCCACAACAGGGCUGUCCUUGCGUUUCCAAUACAACACAAUUCACAACCUCCAGUCAGGGUCACCUUGUAUCCUAUUACUUUGAAGUUUGAGAAGGUCGUCUACAAAGUCAAGUUGGAGCAGAAAGGAUCAUGCUGGGGUGCGUGGAUCACCCGAGAAAAGACCAUACUCAAUGGUAUAACAGGUGUAGUUUGUCCUGGAGAAAUACUAGCAAUGUUAGGUCCAUCCGGAAGUGGUAAAACCACCCUUCUUACCGCCCUUGGAGGCCGCCUCACUGGCAAGCUAUCUGGAAACAUCACAUACAAUGGUCAGCCUUUUUCCGGUGGCGUAAAGCGAAGAACAGGUUUCGUGGCACAGGAUGAUGUUUUAUACCCUCAUCUCACGGUGACCGAGACCCUUUUAUUCACCGCACUGCUCAGGCUACCCAAGAGCUUGAGCCGAGAUGAGAAAGUCCAACAUGUUGAGAGAGUUAUCGCAGAGCUAGGAUUGACAAGGUGCCGAAACAGCAUCAUUGGGGGGCCACUCCUUAGAGGAAUAUCAGGAGGGGAGAAGAAGAGGGUUAGCAUAGGUCAGGAAAUGCUAAUCAAUCCCAGCUUACUUUUGCUAGAUGAGCCCACCUCAGGUUUGGACUCAACCACAGCACAACGGAUCCUGACCACAAUCAAACGCCUCGCUAGUGGGGGCCGAACUGUUGUCACCACCAUUCAUCAGCCCUCUAGUCGACUGUAUCACAUGUUUGACAAGGUAGUUUUGCUCUCUGAGGGCUGCCCCAUCUACUAUGGUUCAGCAUCUGCAGCCUUAGAAUAUUUUUCCUCCAUUGGUUUUUCGACAUCCAUGACUGUCAAUCCAGCUGAUCUCUUACUUGAUCUUGCUAAUGGAAUCGGUCCUGAUUUCAAACACUCAGUGGAGCAAGUUGAGAAUACAGAACAAGAACAGAAAUCGGUGAAGGAUGCUCUUAUUUCUGCCUACGAGAAAAACAUUUCCCCGAGACUGAAAGCUGAGCUUUGCAAUUCGGAUGUCAAUAACCACGUCAAUACAAAAGAAGCACCUGCAAGGAAUGGCAAGUCAGAAGAGUGGUGCACGAGUUGGUGGCAUCAGUUCAAGGUGCUGCUCCAAAGAGGGGUUAGAGAAAGGAGGCAUGAAGCCUUCAACGGGCUGAGAAUUUUCCAGGUCAUCAGCGUCGCCGUACUCGGCGGACUCUUAUGGUGGCACACCCCAGCUUCUCACAUCUCAGACCGCAUUGCACUGCUGUUUUUCUUCUCCGUCUUCUGGGGCUUCUACCCACUCUACAAUGCGGUUUUCACAUUUCCUCAAGAAAGAACCAUGCUAAUCAAGGAGCGAUCUUCUGGCAUGUACCGCCUUUCCUCUUACUUCCUGGCCAGAACAUUCGGUGACCUGCCACUGGAGCUUGCACUACCAACUGCCUUCGUCUUCAUAAUCUACUGGAUGGGUGGGCUUAAACCUGACCCUGUUACCUUCAUCCUAUCUCUGCUUGUCGUGCUUUACAAUGUCCUUGUCUCCCAGAGUCUCGGCCUGGCCAUUGGUGCUAUUCUCAUGGACAUAAAACAAGCCACAACGUUAGCUUCUGUCACGACUCUUGUUUUCCUUAUAGCUGGGGGAUACUAUGUUCAACAAAUCCCCGCCUUCAUAGUCUGGCUGAAAUACCUGAGUUACAGCUACUACUGUUACAAGCUUCUUCUAGGAGUUCAGUACAACGAGGAUGAUUAUUACGAGUGCUCAAAGGGAGUGUUGUGCAGGGUUGGGGAUCUUCCUGCCAUCAAAUCAAUGGGUCUGAACCAUUUGUGGGUAGAUGUGUGCAUCAUGGCACUGAUGCUGGUUGGCUAUCGACUCAUCGCUUACAUGGCUCUUCAUCGAGUGCGGUUGAGGUGAAUUUUAGCAAAAACAUAAGGUUGCAUCCGACAGGACAGUUAGAAGAGUUUUCUCCUUCUUCAACCGAAGAAUAAUUUUACAAAUUUUGGAGGGAACCAAGCUGUGAAAUUUUGAUCAACAUCCCUUUGAGUCCAUGUAGCAAACCUUUUUGUUAUAGUUUUAGGUAAUACUCCUACUAACUCAGAAGUUUCUAAUUUGAGACUGAAUUUAUACCUAUCUUAAAUAAUUAA